GUUUGACAGCUAUCAAAUUCUGUGUCAUGCUGUCAAGUAAAAGUAUCAAAGUAAAUAAAUUGGUGUGUUGUAUUUUGUUAUCAUCACAGUCAUAAAUUAUUGCUGAUACUGAUUAUUUCAAUGUUACUUAAACAAUGCAUUGCAUUGAGUGAUUUUUAUAAUUUCAACAAGUCCAGUUUCUGAUAGAUUAGAAACAAAUCUUGAAUUGUGGUUUUAAUAUUUACCGAUUAUUAUUUUAUGUAAAUGUAUUUAUACAAUCUAGAUUAAUUUUAUUUACACUUAAAUUCAGAUAUUUUUUUGCUAUGACUUCCGAAGUGUAUUAUGACAGAAAGGUACGUGUUUAUUUUUUAUAAAUAAAACUUGCAGGAAAGCAAGCUGCUAAAUAGCGUAUUGGGGAUUUUCUUAAAUGUCUUUUUCCCUAUAAAAAUGUUGUUGAAAGUAUACUCCUUGUGCAUACUAAUCGUAGAUAUUGGAUGGGUAGUACUAAAUGCUAUUUGCGCCGUACUACAAGCUAUUUACGAACUUUUUAGACCUCCACCACUGAAAUCAGUUCGCCUAGAAACUGCACUGAUUAUUGGUGCAGGAAGAGGUGUGGGGCGUGAACUAUCCAUACAAUUAGCCAAUUUAGGAGCUAUAGUCCUAUGUGUGGACAAGAAUACUGUUUCUAACGAAGAAACAGUCGAUUGCAUCAAGAGAAAAGGUGGUUCGGCCAUUAGCUACACAUGUGAUAUUACUAGAAGGGAAAAUGUUCAAGCAUUAGCUUCUCAAUUGAAAAAAGAUGUGGGCUUUGUCAGUAUGUUGUUUUACUGCUGUGGUAUUCCAAGCCCUAGGUCUCUACUCACGCAACCUCCUCAAGAUAUUCAUGAUACACUGGAUCUCACACUAACAUCAUAUUUCUGGCUCAUAGACCUCUUCUUGCCCGAAAUGAAAGCCAAGAAUCAUGGUCACAUCGUAGCUUUAACUUCUGUGGCUGGUCUCAGCUACAUCAAAGACCAAAUGCCUCUAAGUGUAGCCCAGUUUGCAGUUCAGGGUCUCGCAGAAUCUCUGACAGAAGACCUUAGAGUGAACAAAAUUGAUGGCGUUCAUGUCACACUAACACAUAUCUAUCCUUUCAUUGUCAACGAUGAAAGUGCUGAUAUAAGAUUGAGGAUACCAAGUUACUUUGGCACCAUAACUCCCAAGAAAGCAGCUACUUCUAUCCUCGAGAGUGUUCGUCGGAAUUACUUUGAAGCUUCAGUACCAAAGCACCUACUAUAUCUCGGUCACCUCUUGCGUAUCUUGCCACGAAAGGCAACAGUCCUUAUCAGGGAUCUUUUAGACACCGGAGUGGACUUUGCAUGACAGAUUUCGUAAUUCCUAUUCUUAUCUUAGCGGCUUAUGCUCGCAGUGAUAAUGUAUCGAUUAAAGCCAUUAUGAAUAAUUAGUUUCAUAAGUUUGGUAGGUAUGUAACCUUGGCAUUCGAAGAUUUUAUUCUCGAAUGAAUACCUUAGUGUUUCAAUAAGCCAAACUCUGGUCUACUUGGCGUGAAUGUCUGUGAAGUUAGAUAGGAAAAAUCUAGCAACUUACUGAUGCAAUAUAAAUAUGGUAGAUACUUAGUCAGUAUCAUAAUAAUCAUCAGGCAUUCAGCCUUUAUUAUCCGGGGUUGACGCAUGUUUUCUUCUUCCAUAAUAUUCUUUCUACCCGUAUCGUCUUUCACACCGUCAUCUCUUCCUUUGUUUUGUCGUCUUUCUUCUUUCCACUCUCUUCAAUCUAUCGAUCCUUAAGUUCAAGGUUCUUUUGUUUAUAUUUUCAUAUAAAUAAAUAUUUAUUGGAACAAACCUCAUACCUACUACAAAUUGGUUGUAUUCAAAAAUAUCUACAGGAGUUAGAAACUUGCUAUUGAUGCUUAAAGAGUUCGAAUUAACGCGUCACCCGGUCACGUAGCAAUUGUUCCUGGAAGUACACAUGUGUGAUAAUGAAGAUGAUGAUAUGAAAUCGGUUAUUGCAAAAAAGUCAACAGUGCAUUUAGGUGGCAUUUCAAUUUAAUGUAGGUAUCAGUAUCAUGUUACUUUUAUAUUCAAUUUUGUCGAAAUUGCAGCAGUAUUUUAAUCUACCUACAAUAAUAACUUAAUGCAUUCGUAUUUUAGUAGUUUUAUGCAAUUAAAUCGAAAAAGACUGCAUAAAAGCAUUUUGCUCAAUACCUGUCAAUUGAAAUCAGUCACAAAAUUAAUUAUAUGUGUUUUUACUCAUUGAAAAAUAUUGUUCCUAUGCCAUUGAAAAUGUCUAGAUGUAAGCUUAGGUAUUGUAAAAUAAAAUUUGAUUAUAAUAUUGAGAAAUUAAUAGCCAUAAGUAAUUUUAUUUUGUUAGUAGUUUUAUACAUUCGAUUAAAUUAAGUAUGAUAGAAUUUGUAAAAUUGUAAUUUUAUAAAGUAUAUUGACAUGCAUAUGAUAAUAUUCAUAUACAUGGAAUUUUUAUCCAGCGCAUAGUUCUCAGAAUGGAAUAAAUGAAUUUAUUUUUUAAA